AUGAGUUUGUGUGAAUGUGUUCACGGGUGGACGACGGAGGACCUCGUGUUCCUGUGGCGCGAGGGCGACCCGGUCCAGGUCACGAAGAACCUGCACCUCCCGCGCUUCACCCUCGAGAAGUUCUUCACCGACUACUGCAACAGCAAGACCAACACGGGCGAGUACUCCUGCCUCAAGGUGGACCUGCUGUUCAAGCGUGAGUUCUCCUACUACCUGCUCACCAUCUACAUCCCGUGCUGCAUGCUGGUGAUCGUCUCCUGGGUGUCCUUUUGGCUCGACCAGAAUGCCGUCCCCGCCCGCGUGUCCUUGGGGGUCACCACGCUGCUCACCAUGGCGACGCAGACCUCGGGGAUCACCAGUCUCCUGCCGCCCGUCUCCUACACGAAGGCCAUCGUGUGGACGGGCGUGUGCCUGACGUUCGUGUUCGGCGCCCUGCUGGAGUUCGCCCUCGUCAACUACGCCUCGAGGUCCGACAUGCACCGCGAGCAGAUGAAGAAGCAGCGGCGCCAGUGGGAGUUCGAGCACCAGGCAGCUCUGGAGGCCGAGCACCUCGAGUCCGACGGCGCCACGACCUUCGCCAUGAAGCCACUGAUGAGGACACACGGCGACGGUCUCUCCCUGGACAAGGCGCGGCAGUGUGAGAUCCACAUGCAGCCCCCUCCCCCGCGGCGCUGCUGUGGCUCGUGGCUCUCCAAGUUCCCCAGCAGGAGCAAGAGGAUCGACGUCAUCUCCAGAAUCACCUUCCCGCUCGUCUUCGCCCUCUUCAACGUCGUCUACUGGAGCACUUAUCUGUUCCGCGAGGAUGAGGACUGAGACGGCGACACGGAGGCGGGGAGGCGCGCGCCCUUUGUGUUAUGGAUCUUAGGGUAUUUAACGUUAUUUUAAGAGAUCAGGUAAAAGGUGUGUGUGUAUGUGUCGUCGAAGUGGCGGAGAGUUCAGUAAGCAUAAUAUGACGUGGCGGAGAGUUCGGUAAGCAUUGUCCGACGGGAAGCCCUGCGCGAGGCGACGCGGCAGCGCCUCCGCCUCGAGGACCAGGCGAGGAGAGCCACUCACGGGACGCGGCGGACGCUCGCCUUCGGAGGAUCUGACGGUGUUUUGUACCUGUGAUUGGCACCUUCCCAGUGAUUAUUCUAAUUCUGUGUUCAUCAAGUAUUGUAAGACACGAGCAAGGUAAUUACGAAAGGAUCAUGUUUCAUGCUUGCAUUCACUGACACUGAAAAUCAGAGGAAAAGGAUGCAUGAUUUUGUUAUAUUGCCAAAAUAUGUAGAAAUCUUCAUGCUUCAUAUAGACAUAUAACCGUUAUUAUAUGUAACUUACUGAACGUAAGAAACUAUCACUGAUUGUGAAGAACAUGUUAUCAUAUCAUAAAGAAAUGGUUAUUAUCCUAAGCUGUAAUUACACGUAAAAAUGUAACCUUGAUCAGGGUGAGGCCAAAGCGCUGGAGGCGAACGGUGGCCUGAGGAACCAGUCAGGCGAAGCAGAACAAUCAAGAGGUGUUAUGUAUGGUGUCUAGUUGUGGCAGGUUGUAUAGUGAGUCGCGUCUGUAGGAAAUGUGUACAACGGAAUCGAGGCUGCUGCUGCUGCUCCCUCUUCGGGGCGUGCGCAGCGGCGAGCCAUGGCCCGGGGCGCAGUCCUAGCGCAACAGCCAGGGCGUAUCUGCAUGUAACUUCCAAGGGAACAAUCGCACGAUUUUGCUAAACCAUUGACCAGAUGUGCCUGGUUCAUCAUCAGCUGAUUCAGACCUCUCGUAGGCUCCUAAAAGUCCAUAGGUAUGUCAGUCUUUAAACAGCUGAAAUCUUUGCAAAUGUGACCUCUUCCGGUAAUGGGUAUAUAUAUAUAUUUCCUGGUCAUGUAUUAUAAAACGUACAGGUUACCAUAUACUUAUCUUGUGUGCAUAAUAUUAUAAAGCUUUUGCUCAUGGUACUGUAUAUUCAGAAAUUUUUUCAACACAAAUGCAUUUUUCUCUCAACUUUCAUUGCAAUGACAGGAAAUAAGUAGGAGUCCAUAUUUAUAUUGCAUAAUAUAUAAUGAAAUGGGGAUUCAGCGAGAGCCGAGGAAGAUGGUCGCGCCACAAAGGGAGGCGACCUUCCCUUCUGUCCUUCAGUCCAGUGAAUUUCCAGCGGUUGCCAAGCAUGCUCUGUGACGGUCAGCAGGCACAGCAGGAGCACGUGUCGCGUCUCGGCAAUGUUGCGCUGCUGAGCCUGUGUG